AUGAUGAACGACCUGACCUGCGAGCUGAGCAAGAGGAGACGAGCGGCUUGGGGAGCUUACAAGAGCAUCGAGGAUGUAGUGAAGAAGACUAGGAACACCCGGCUCCGUUCUCACCUCUUCAACACCACCGUACUUCCUGCUUUGACCUAUGCUUCGGAAACCUGGGCAUUUCGCAAGCAGGAAGAAAACGCGGUGAGCGUUAUUGAACGCGCAAUUGAGAGAGUGAUGCUAGGAGUAUCCCGUUUUACGCAAGUGAGGGACGGGAUUCGAAGUUCUCUCCUACACUCAGCGAUCGAAGGUCAGAGACUCCGCCGCCCCGCGAUAUUAAGCGCACUACAGGAAGACCGCGACCCGAUGGUCAGAUUUGUUCACGAAGUCCUUCAUAGAAAAGUACGAUGCUCUCCGUGUCCCACGCGAAAGGAGGAACUACUGGGCUACUCUGGCAUGCGAUCGGGACAAAUGGAAGAAUUACUGGCUCCCGCUCGACCAGUUCGAAGAUCAACGGGAGUCAAGGUGAAGGUGAUCAAGAUGAUCCCUGCCGUGAGACUACCGUGA